AUGGAUUUUAUAGAAUUACCUAAAUGUUUGCAAUACAGAUAUGUAUUGGUAAUUCUUUGUACCUUCUCCGGCUGGAUUGAAGGAUACCCCUGUGCGCAUGCAGAUGCUCGCACAGUAGCAAAAAAAUUACUACAGGAAUUUUUUCCUCGAUAUGGUUUACCUCAUUCUAUUAAUAGUGAUAGAGGUACUCACUUUACAGGACAGAUUGUCCAGGAAGUUACGAAAGCAUUGGGGAUAACAUAUCACCUACAUUGUUCCCAUCACCCACAAUCAGGAGGUGCUGUGGAAAGAGCCAAUGGAAUUCUUAAAACUAAGCUUGGAAAAAUUAUAGCUCAAACAGGAUUGAAAUGGCCAGAUGCUCUUCCUCUAGCUCUGAUGUCUAUGAGAGCAACUCCAGCUAGGAAACACAAGCUUUCACCUUGUGAAAUUAUAAUGGGGAGACCAAUGAGCAUGGGGAUAAACAAAGAACUCUUAAUUAAAGACCAGGUUUUAGCAGAUGAAACUGUACAAAAAUAUUGCAUGUUACUAAUGAAAACAUUGCAGUCUCAUCACUCACAGGUCAAAGCUGUACAGCCAACACCAUCUGAAGAAAAACUGCACCAUAUAGAACCUGGAGACUGGGUCCUGGUUAAAAGUUUUCAAAGAAAGAACGCUCUCCAACCACGGUGGAAAGGACCCUACCAAGUUUUACUUACCACACAGACUGCAGUUAAAAUUUCUGAACUUGUUUCCUGGAUCCAUAUCACCCAUUGCAAGAUUGCUUCCCCUCCAAAAGAUUUAAAAGACUGAUAGUUUCUUAUUAAUUUUAUAUAUCAAAUACGUAUAGCUUAAUUUUUGUUUAUUCUGUGUUAUGUUGUUUAUUUAGAUUUAGAUAGUAUAAUUAAUAAGUACUAAAAAAAAAAAAAAAAAAAAAAAAAAUUCUAAUUAUACAAAUGUUUUCUUUUUUCGUAUUUCUAUCUUUUAUUAUUCUAUUGCAAUGUUAUGAACAGAACUCUUAUAUACCUCUUACUAACAGUUAUGUUGAGAAUGUACAAGAUUCUCCAUGUUAUGUUUGUAUUCACAUGCCUCAUAGUUCAGACACAGGUGUACCUUUUAUACCAUACCCAUUCAAUAGUACUGAGUAUUGUAUUAAUGAAAUGGUACAAUUUAGAAAUAAGACUCAAGUUCAACUCCCAGGUCCCCCUAAAACUCUUUAUCCUCCCUUUCUAAUAGGUCUUGGAUGUCAUAAAACUAAACUGAGUGCAUGGACAGGAUAUGUUCGGCCCUAUAAUUCUUCAAAGAGACUUGAAACAAAUGCACCAAGAAUAACAGUAGUUCAGACCAUUGGGGGUUUAUGUUUAGAACGAACAAAUGUUGAGGGAGGUAUUUUUGUAGGAACUAGUAAGUGUCAUAAGACUCUUACAUGUAAUUGUUCAAGUCCCCCUACAAUGCAGGAAUCAGGUGUCAUUGUACAUCUAGUUAACAUUACAUGGGAAGAAGAUGUUUGGGUAUGGGUAAGUUGUAAUAAAGCACAUAUUUAUGUGACAUUAAAUGGGUCUUAUUGGGUGUGUGGGAAUUAUGCGUAUCCUAGAUUACCUGAGAAUUGGCAAGGAUCAUGUUAUUUGGCCUACAUACUCCCUGCAAUAAGACAUACUAAAGAAAGACCAACAGUUACAUUUGGGCUUCAUAGAUCUAAAAGGCACCAUAAAAAUGGACCCACCUUCUCAGAGAUUAUGGGUAGCUGGGACAAUUUUAUAAAUAUAAUAAUUCCUUCCACUGGUGUCUAUGAUAAUUGGGGAAGAAUUAGAGCUUUAACCAUCAUGUUAGAAACUGUGGCCAAUCAAACAGAAAACGCUCUCACAAGCAUUACAGCAGAAAUGCAAGCCCUACGAUUAGUUGCCUUACAAAAUCGUAUGGCUCUUGAUUUUAUUUUAGCAAUUAAAGGGGGCGUGUGCUCAUUAGUGGGCUCUGAAUGUUGCACUUAUGUUCCAGACGUCUCUAAAAAUGUUACUCUAGCGGUUAGUGAGAUUAGGAAAGAAGUACUUGAAAUGCAAAGUUCCCUGAAAAUUUCUUCUGGGGAUUGGGGAAUAAGUAGUUGGUUUGGGGCGUUAGGAUCAAAAAUUUUCUAUGGUUUGAUUAUAGGGGCUUUGUUCCUCACAACCAUAUUUGCCUCCAUAACAGUGUUGAAACUUUUACUCCUUAAAUGUUGGAAUUCUGCUACCUCGUCUAUUGCCCAUUAUCCUGUUCUAAUUGAUAAGACCAUUCAUGAAUGUCCCCCUAGUGCUAAUGGAGAUUCUAAUAUCAAAACCAAGAAUAAUCAAGAAAUUACAAACCAAGAAUUUACACGUUUAUUAUCUGUGUAUGACGCUGACCAAGAUUUGGCUGCCCACAAAUGUAUUAAACACAAUGGGUGAAUGCCUAAGAGUCAUGCUUCAUGGAAUCUUUAAAGCAUGAAAGGGGGGACUGUGGAAUCUUAGGAUGUGGAGAGUGGGUAGGAAGAGGUUAACUGUUUCUGCUAUUUGGUGAUAAGAGUCUGAUGCACUGGGAGGUAGUAUUGUUCUGUAAGGAACAGGAUAUGUAUGGUAGAGGGCAUAGGUCAAAUUACACAGCUGGUGAGAAACUGGACCAUAAGUGUAGGCUCAGGGUCAACUUCAGGGCACAGUAUGUCUGCUUUAAUUAACUGAAACCCCACCCAUAUCAUACAUAUUAAUGAUAUGUAGGUUAGGCUUUUGCCUUUUAUGGUAAACCCAGAGAUAUUACAAGUGUGCCAGCCCUUUUGUAGGAGUUUACUUAUUUCUUUUGUUUUCAAUGUAUAUAAAGUGUGUAAAAAUGUAAAGCUGUUAGAUUUGCCUACUUUUGUGCAGAUCUCCCUGCAGCUGCUUGUAUCCGGAAUAAACUUUUAUGCAUUCAAAGAA